AUGGCGUACGAUCGAGACGAAUUUAUCCAUCUUUUGACGGAUUACUACAACUUCUGUAACCGUGUCUUCUGGAAUGGCACUGUUGUGCAGGCUCCCACUGAUGGCUGGCCUUCAAUCAACCAGGAGACCUUGGCCAACCUCAAGAGGAGUGACACAGUUAUUGACCUACUCCGCAACAUACCCUACAUCGACUAUCCUAAAUACCGUGAGCCCCUCAUCAUGGAUAACACAUUUACUGUUGACUACCGCUGCGAGGACAUACAGAAAAAGAUCCUCGAGGGCUCUAUUGAAGGUGUUGCUGAGCCAUAUACUGGCCAGGCGACUCCACCUUCUUGCGCUGUCAUUGCUCUCAGCCACGGCAGGAAUGGUUAUGAGGUUAUCCUGGAUACCAACGACGGCUACAUCUACUGGGGUGAUGCAGAAGGGGGGCAUGAUGAGCCUGCGCCUGAGCUGAACCACAUUCUGGAACAGUUUGAGGGCGAUGAGGUAAAUCAGUGGCGGUUUGGUUUUAAUGUGUAUGAACCUGCCGACUUUUUUAUGCUCUGCAAGGAGCGAUUCCGGGACCUGAGCUGGAUUGGCCUUCACCCAUGCGAAAUGUCUGUGAUGAGGAGAAACAUGGGCUGGGAAUAUGAGUCUGAACCUGACUCCGAUUCUGAUCCUGAAGAUUAUUAUAGCCACAAUAAGCUGGCUAGGAAGAUGAAGAAGGCUGGCUGGCCUGGUGAUGGGGAGGGGCGGGACUGGGACCAGGCCAAGUUUGAGAGACUGGUCUAUGAAGAGUAUUGUCGUCUUUGCGGUGAAGGUUUCAAAACAUCAGAUGACAGAGAGUUCGUCUGGCUGGGUGACUAUCAGCUUCUUCAACUUGAACAAGGAUCUUCUGAGCUUCCCAGGCCACAACUGUAUCACCCAGGAGUGCAAGUCAAUGUUCCUUAUAUUCAUGCCGCAUGCUGGACAGUUGUUGCUGGCUUUCUUGAACGCCGGGGUGAAUCAAUUGAUCACAAAUGGCUGUCACGAUUCUGGAAGCAUCUUGAGUAUCCCUCCUUGUGUUUUUCAAGCAUGAGGCAUGGCAGCAACCCCAUUGAGCUUGAGGAAGACCUGUGCCAGAUCAGAGAUUCUGAUGCUAAGUCAUUUGCUAUACUGCAUGCGGAAGGCAAUUAUAGUGGGCAAAGAGAAAUUGGAUUCGCUCUACCUGUUGAUAUUGAUAUCAUCCACUUGAUCUAUGGCCUUUUGGACUAUGGCGACAUGGAAAGCUUGCAGUACGCCACAGGUGUUAGUCCAAGCAUUGCACUCUGGCUCGAGCGUGGGCGCAUGUACCGCGACUUCAAGGACUCGGAAUUUACCACGGCGACGAGGACGACCUGCGAGGUUGUGGAUCGCAUCCAACGUGCGCUUUGGAACAUUCACCAUCACCCCGAUGAAUUUCGACAUGCUGUGAACUACAAGCUGUUGUGGGAGAAUGUGGAAACAGUCUUUGCGUGCAUGUCGGAUGAUGUGCUGGGGUCUGAAACCAUCUGA